UUCCGGGGGCGGGGGGCGCGGGCCGGGGCGGUAGCCGGAGCGGCGGGGACGGGCCUGGCGCCGGCGGCGGCGGCGGCGGCGGAGGGGGCGCCACGGGCGGGCGAUGUGAGCGCGGCGCUCGGGCAGCUACAACUGCUGAAUGUAGCUUAGUGAAGGUCAUCAACUGAAUGAAGUUUAAUUUCUAACGGUUAUAUUCUGAUUGAUAUUGAUGGCAUGGAAAGCCUCAAGAAUGAAAUUUAAGAUUACACUUCAUGUCAGUAGAAAUGGACAGCAGCAGUUUUAUUCAGUUUGAUGUGCCCGAGUACAGCAGCACCGUCCUGAGCCAACUAAAUGAACUCCGCCUGCAAGGGAAACUAUGUGACAUCAUUGUCCACAUUCAGGGUCAGCCCUUCCGAGCCCACAAAGCAGUCCUUGCUGCCAGCUCUCCCUAUUUCCGGGACCAUUCAGCAUUAAGUACCAUGAGUGGCUUGUCAAUAUCAGUGAUAAAAAAUCCCAAUGUGUUUGAACAGUUGCUUUCAUUUUGUUACACUGGAAGAAUGUCCUUGCAGCUAAAAGAUGUUGUCAGUUUUCUGACUGCAGCUAGCUUUCUUCAGAUGCAGUGUGUCAUUGACAAGUGCACGCAGAUCCUAGAGAGCAUCCAUUCAAAAAUCAGUGUUGGAGAUGUUGACUCUGUUACUAUCGGUGCAGAAGAAACUCCAGAAAACCGCAAUGGAGUUAAAGAGAGUAGCUUCUUUGCCAACCCAGUUGAGAUCUCCCCUCCGUAUUGCUCUCAGGUACGACAGCCCACCACAAGUGGUGACCUUAGGAUGGAGACAACACCCAGCAGAGCUUUGCGCAAUCGCUUGCAAGAGGAAGGGCACUCAGACCGAGGGAGCAGCGGGAGUGUCUCUGAGUAUGAGAUUCAGAUAGAGGGGGACCAUGAGCAAGGGGACCUGUUGGUAAGAGAGAGCCAGAUCACUGAAGUGAAAGUGAAGAUGGAAAAGUCCGACCGCCCCAGCUGUUCUGACAGUUCCUCCCUGGGAGAUGACGGGUAUCACACUGAGAUGAUUGACGGGGAACAGGUUGUGGCAGUAAACGUGGGUUCCUAUGGUUCAGUGCUCCAACACGCAUAUUCCUAUUCCCAAGCAACCUCACAGCCAACUGGUGUAUCAGAAGCUUUUGGAAAUUUGAGCAAUUCCAGCCCAUCCAGAUCCAUGUUGAGCUGUUUCCGAGGAGGGCGUGCCCGCCAAAAGCGGGCUUUGUCUGUCCAUCUCCACAGUGAUCUCCAGGGCCUGGUGCAGGGUUCUGACAGCGAAGCUAUGAUGAAUAACCCUGGGUAUGAGAGCAGUCCCCGGGAGAGGAGUGCAAGAGGCCACUGGUACCCAUAUAAUGAGAGGUUGAUCUGUAUUUACUGUGGAAAGUCCUUCAACCAGAAAGGAAGCCUUGAUAGGCACAUGCGACUCCAUAUGGGGAUCACCCCCUUUGUCUGCAAGUUCUGUGGCAAGAAGUACACACGGAAGGACCAGCUAGAGUACCACAUCCGGGGCCAUACUGAUGAUAAGCCAUUCCGCUGCGAGAUCUGUGGGAAGUGCUUUCCGUUCCAAGGCACCCUCAACCAGCACUUGCGGAAAAACCACCCUGGUGUAGCUGAGGUGAGGAGUCGCAUCGAGUCCCCUGAAAGAACAGAUGUGUAUGUGGAACAGAAACUAGAAAAUGAUGCAUCAGCCUCCGAGUUGGCCCUAGAUUCCCGCAUGGAAAUCCACACAGUGUCAGAUGCUCCAGAUUAAGAUGGUAAAGAAGUGUACCCAAACAAAGCACAUUAAUCAGUGCAUUUUGUGAUUUGCUUUGUUGUAAUCUUUGGUUUUCCUAACCAUCUAGAAACCAUUUGGUCUCUUGGCAGUUUUUCUAAGAUUUCUAGAAGGAACACUUUAUUGUGUUUAUCCCCCCUCCCCCACCGCCCCCCAAGGAGCUCAAAGCAUGAAGGGCAUUGUAUCCAGGGAAAACACAGACUGACAGUAUUCCUCUUUGGCCGAACUCUUAAUCCAAAAUCUGCCAGUAAUUUAGCUAUGCCAACUGGUUUACCCUCCAUGCUCUGCCAAGAGGCAUACUCUCAGUGUGUGCACCAGCACCCAUGCAUUUCUAUAGAGAGAAACUUGGAUGCCGUCAGCGGAUACAAAUGGGUAAUCUUUUAGGGGAUAGUUAGACAACUUAUAUAUAUAUAUAUAAUAAAGUUAUUAUUAUAUAUAUGGUAUAUAUACAUUCUCAAAUUUGAUUUUAUUCUGGUUGAGGUGAAUGUAAGAAGAAUAUAUAAUUUAAUACAAUGUGAACAGGGCUUUUGACUCUGUCAUGUCCCUACCUAGUAGGUUAGGGUUUUGCCCCUUUAUUUACUUUACAAAAGAUUGUUGCUAGGUUUUCAUAUAUUAUAAUCAUGGUGUCCAAAAACAAGCAUAGCAAAUCACAGUCAUUAUAGCUCUGUUUUAGAACAAAUACAUAAACCAAAUGCCAUAAAAUAUAUUCAACUCUAGUUGGAAACCAUUUGGGAUUUUUGUUAGUUGUCCAGAAUGUAAACUGGAUGACCUGUGGUGCUGACCUUUUUACAUAUUGUAGUGUUAUAUUAGCCAACCCCAAAGGAGCAGUGGUUUUUCAAUGUUCUUACUGGCUUACAAAUCUACCUUCAUUCCGUACUGUAGAAACAUACCAGGUAACUAAAUCCAAUCACUAUCUACCAUGAGUUUGUACUCGCACUAAAGGAAAGGGAUUUGUAGUUUUGUCUACAAAAUUCUCUGAACAGUGUUGUGUUUUUAUUGUUUUUUUGUUUGUUUUUCAGAUAGCCAGUUCAGGUGCACAGCAACUUUUUCUACAUGCAGUUCCCAGGGUAACUGCAGAACUUGGAAUUUGUACUUUUUGUAAAGAUAGACUCUAUGGGAAUUGCAAGCAAUAUCUUAAGUAUUGUGUGUGCUAAUGAGAGCCUCAGUGGCUCCUCCACUCUCAGUGUUUCCUGCUAAAAGAAACCAACAGUUCAAAAGCCCUCUUAAGAUACUAUGUGUGUCACCAAAUCUGUGUGUGUUGCCAUUUUGGGUCAUGUGGUGCUAUUUUUAUGUUAUAUAUCUCUUUAGGUCAGUAUAGUUAUAGAAAAUGUGAAAUCUUAUGGUAAUGGUGAAUUAUAGUUUUCUCCUCUCUUGAGUUUAUACCUUGAAAAGAGACCUCAAAAGCAUGUGCUGGCAAAUACGUUACUGUAAAAUAAAAACAUACCUGAGUCCUAUUUCAGUACUGCUUUAGUAGUACUUCAGGAGAUGUCUUCAGAUCUGUAUGUUAUGUUCACCCAUGUGCUUCUAGUAAAAGGUGGGCUUUAUGCAAUUGCUUUGGUACUGUAUACAAAAGUACUUUGGUACUUUUGUAAUCAUCUUGGUUUGAUGGGUUUGCGCCUCAGGCUGCUAGUAGAAUGUCAGUUCUCCAGACUCUGCUGCAGAAUCUUGGGUCCUAACUCACACAACCAGUGAGUCUCCAUGGGAGAACAGCACCAACUACCUAAAAGAAAAACAAAAACAAAGGAAAGAACCAGCCUCAGGCCAGGAGUCAAAGGAAUGUUUGCUAGUUUCCCAUGCUUUUUUUUUUUUUACUCUUAAAAUACUAAAACUGAAAAAAGGUGUUUUUUUUUUUUUUAAUUAGGGUUUUUUUUUGUGGAGAGGGGGUUUGAGAAAAAAAGUUGUUCAAGCCCUUGUGUGUGAUCACCCCCAAGGAGUGGUAGUUGUGCAGUAGCAUCUCUCUGACACACAGGAGCUGUUCCUGUGCGAACUGCUGCACCACACAUCAGUGUUACAACGUAAGGAUUACACUCUAAUCCUGCUGCUUCCGAGGAGCAGCUUUUGCUGAAUCGGGUAUAUAGUAUGCCUUUUUCCUGUCAGACUGCCUAAGUAAGGGGUUUGUUCUCUCCCUGAAGCACUUGUUCAACUCCUGUCAAAGCCCAGUGCCUCAAGGGGAGGCUGGACCCCAAUUGUUUACCCACUUAAUAUGUUCUGGGGUUUCAGGUAAAUGUUGUUUGUAGUUUCUUUUCCUUACACAAAUACAUUUGUUGUUGGUUUUUUUUCCCUUUUAAGAAUUAAAUGCAAAAAAAAUAUGUUAUGAUACAAAUUAAGUUUGUGACAAGAUAUGCCCAAAUCAAGGACAUGAGAGGUCAGACUCAGGGAAGGAACCUCCUUUUUCACUCAGGCUUGGGUCCUUCUAAGAGGUCUCCAGAGCAUUUUGUGAUACACUAGGUAAGUUAGGGGAGAAUACUUGGGGCAGGCACCUUAAAUGUCCUUGUUCUUGUCACUGUGUCAGUCUUUACCUUAUGUACAUGACAUUAUUUGUGUCUGUAAGUUUGUUUAACUGGUUUGAGUUUACCAAAGAGUGACUUAUCCAAAAUUGUCUUUGACAAACUAUACAUUGCUUUGAUUGUAUAGUUCAGGUUCAAACAUUGUAAUGGGACUGUUAAGGGGCAAAAAAUUGAUUGAGUUUCUGAUCAUCAUAAUUCCACAUUUAGCAAGUUCUGCUUGCUCCCAUUCAUGUUGCUAACACUUUACCCAUUCCACUGCUAGCAGUGUUAAGAAUGAAUUCUCAAGCCAUAACACAGUACUGUAGGGUUCCGCAGGGCUUCGAGGGAGGCGGCACACAGUCCAGCACACCGCUGAGUAGCCUCUCUGAGUGAGCAUACUGUCAUGCUUCUCGUUGUGCAUGGCAGGUGAGAGAUCGGGCAGCAGCAAUUAAUUGUGCCUUGUCACAUGAGGAUGUGCCAGGAAGAUUAAUAUGACCACAGAACAGAAACACUCUCCCCGAAGUUCACUUCAUGUCUCUGCAGACGAAGUAUGCUGUGUAACUCCUUAGAGCAACUCUUUUUGGAAAGCAAAGUCCCUAUUUCUGUACAGUUUUAGGUUAGUUGUUUCGCUUAUAACAGAUGCAAAAAUCAGUUAAAAGAAAAGUGAUACGUGAAGAAAUCUUUUACAGUAAAAUAUAUCCUGAAUUCAUAUAGGCUUGUUCAUAAUUGAGUCUCUUCUUGAGCUACCUUUUCAAUACAUUAAACAAUGUGAAGACAGUGACAGCAUCCUUUUUCUAUAGAUGUUUUUAACCUGUUAUUACAAACUGUGAAGACAAAGAAUUUUAUACUUUUACUAAUGCUUGUGGUUUUAAACAAUUAUUUUCAUUUUAAUCAGCUCUCUACCCUCUACUAAAGCUGUAAAUACAUUUAAAAAUUAUAUUUGUAAAUACAAUAUAUGAAAACAAGUCAUUAUUAUUAUUAUAUUGGUUUGUGGAAAGCCUCCCAGUUGGUUCUGCCUUGGCAGUUUUGUUUGUUUUUUAGCAGAAGAAAGGAUACUGUCAGUUCACUGUUAAGCAGAAUAUACUGUAGAGUUAAUUGAUCAAUUUUUAACCUUCCAGAGCAUGAGUAGAUGUCUUUUCUGAUGAUAGCAAUUAUAACCAUGUCUUUGUUUUUCUCUUAGCCCAGAUGAUAAGCCUGCAUGUUUUGGGGUGUAGUUUUGUUUUUGUUUUUACAGCUUAGACUUUAGGAAGAACUUGCAGGAACACAAAACAAGGGCUGGGGUAGGGAAAAAUUCUAUGUGAAUGAGCUUUACUUUAAAGAAAUCAAAUCAGUGUAUUUUAUUUUUAACAGCUUUUACUGUGAUUUUCCUUUUUUUUUUUUUUUCUUUAUUAUUGUCAUUAUUGUUAGAUUCUGUAAUGGUUUCCUGUGAAGCCUCCACUGAAAGGGACUCAAAUAUGCAACACCUAAACUAUUUUCCAAGGGCACAUGCCCCUUGAAUGGUGCUUCUAGACUGGUCAGGGUUAUUUAUUAAAUUUUAUAUAUGAAAGUAUUGGGGAAUUAUGUAAAUUCUUUAUAUGAAACUAUCUAGUUCAUAAAUCAUAGAUUUCAUAUUACUCAGUGCAACUGAACUAAAAGUUCAGAAGAGUCAUUCACAUUGUUCCAAAUUUGUAAUGGUUGUCACAUGUCUUUUUCAGUAAGUGCCAGGGUGUUUCCACUGUUCUGCCCAGUGCUUGACUUCUUGGCCAGGAAAAGAACCUGUUUUCUCUGGUUCCCCUCGUGGCCAGCCACAGACAGGGCUUUUGUAAUUCUUGAUCAAGUUCUGAAGGUAGCCUUGCAGCACUCAGUAAGCCGACCUCUUGCUGCCCCUCAGUGACAAGUAUGCUGUGAAUUCAACCUUUGGACUUGCUGCCAGAGCCUUUGGUUGCUGCCCUGACUAUAGUAAGAGGUAAACUUAGAUGUUUUCUUUGAGAAUAACCAUUCUCCUAAUGUGAAGACCAUCUCCUCACCACUUUUAUUAGUAGGGCUAACCUUUUUUCCGUUAUAAAUUGUUGAGCAAUUUGAAUGACUUUAACACAGUGUCAUUAUCUUGCAAUAUAAACUGGUAACCUCACAACUCCACACUUCAUCACCAUAUGAAGUAAAUGAAGCUAGCUAAGCGGAUGCUGUAUCAACUAGUAACUUGCCAUUAAGGAUUAUUUUAUAGCAUGAAUUUUAAAACUAUUUAUUCAAAUGAUAUUUUACUCUUGUAUUCAUUUUGUUUUAGAUUUGUGACAUGAAUAUUUCAGUGCUGCUUAAUUUUGUCCUGAAUUCUUGUUUCUUGCUUGUAAAUGGCUUUUUUAUGGUAAAUAAAGUCAAUGGAAAUUGCUGUUUGUAAAUAAAAAUGCUGCUGGAGCAAA